UUAACUUGUUUUAAACAAAAGUUAAGGAGAGGUUACAAUGUUCUUUUUUAGUUAAGUAUGGACAGGUUUCCCGGCUUAAAAACAUAUGGAAACAUUUAUAUGGCAAUAUUUCAUGUCUGAAUUAUAUUCCUUUUAAAGUUCAAUGAAAUUCAAGAAAACACAGGUGUGAGCUCAUGGUCAUAUCCUAUUUAGAUAAAUGCUUUUAUGGUUGGACAUUUUCUGAAUCAUUUGGUGUUAAAACCAUCCAAUCUAACAACAAAUGGGUGCAAUAUAACUAAUUUGAGUUUUAACAACUUUACAAAUAUUUACUCUAAGUACGACCAAUGAAGGAGCUUGCUUUCUAGUAGCAGCUUUUUAGCAUAAGGCUGUCCAUGGUGGUGAAACUUUCAUAAUUUGUACAUGCAUUGUAAAACUGAUGUAUAUAUAUAUUUAAAGAAAUUGUGUACAUGAAUGAUAAUGUUUGUAGAUGAAGGUGAUGAGGCAGCUACACAGAGGUAUGAGGAUGAUGACCAGACACCUGAUAUGGCUGAGAUUGAAAAAGAUGAUAACUUAAAUGUACCAGUAGUGGAUACAGAACCUUCUCGUGGUAGAUCACCAUUAAAAUCUGCUCUUGCUAGUCCUAAGAAGCAGAAGAGUCCAUCACCAAAAAAAGUCCAAUUUGUUUCACAGAAUUCUGAGACAAGUUCUGAGUCAGGAGAGCCUUCCAGAAGAUCAAAGAGACGAAAUAAAGGGGUACAGAAAGAAGUUGAGACAACAGUUGCAGAAAGUGAGACAAAAAAUUUGGCAAAAGUUUCAGUGGCAGCACCACUUGCUGGAAACAAGAGGUCUACAAGGGGGAAACAAGCAACCUCUAAAAAAGAUGUGAAAGAUGAAAAAGAAAAAAGUGAAACAGUUGGUGAUAGUAAUGAAACUGAAAAGUCAGAAAUUUGUACUGAUACAGGUUCACAUCAUACAAAUGAUCUUAGUACUGAAAAAGAGAGUGGUUUGACUACUAAAUCAACUAGGAGUAGAGGGAGAAAGUCUGUUGAUACAGGGAUAAAUGUUAAGCAAGGAAAGGUAAGCAGAAAGACAAGAACUAGUCUACCAGCUGUGUUAGAAGAAUCUAAACCUGAAACUAUUCAGCAGGUGGAUAAUUCAGAAGAUGAAAAUGUGGUGACUGAUGGAAAACAAAAUGUAACAGAAAGUAAGGAAAAGGUUAAGAAAAAUAUUAAAGGAAAGGGGAAACAAUCCCAAGUAGUAAAAUCUGAAAACUUAUCUAUUGAGAGUGAAGAAACAGCAGCUGAUACUUUACAAAAUAGUGAGCCAAGUGAGAAACGAUCAAAUAGAUCAACUAGAACAAAUGUGAGUGUAAGUAAAACUAGAAAUGUUGAAGAAACACAAAGUGACACAACAAAUAAUGAAUCAGGGAAAAGUGAAGACAACACUACAACUAGAUCACAUAGAAAUGGUAGAAGAAGAGUUGUUGAUGAUGCUGAUAAAAUGGAUAAUCAGGUGAAAAAAAGAAAAGUGGAUCAGGUGAUAGCAGAAGGUGAUAAAAGGGAAGAAAGCCCUGAAACUUCAUCCAGAACAAGAACUAGUAGGAACAAAGUGUCUGAUAAGGUUUCUAGUGAUACUAAACUUGUAGAAACUGAAAGUGUUAAUAGUAAAUCUAAAGGAAAAAAUAGAAAAAGUCAUACGGCAAAUGCUGUUAUAAGUGAAAAUAAUGACAGCAAUUCUGAUGGUGUUAAAAGUGAUUCAGUAACAGAUGAAAUGGCCAUUACAGAUGAUCAACAAAAGGUUAAAGGUAAAGGUGUUAGAAGCAAGAGAGGAAAAGAUGAUAAAGACGAUUCUGAAACUGUUAAAAAUAAUGUGAAAAAAGAACACAUAGAGGAUGUAGUGGUAGGUAAUAAAAAAUAA